CCAAUGUGGGAUUUUCCGACAUAAAUUCGGUCGAGCGUCAAUGUGGGUAUUGGACACCCCCAAUGUGGGAUUUUCCGACAUAAAUUCGGUCGAGCGUCAAUGUGGGUAUUGGACACUGAGUUGAAAAAUAAAACAUAGUGCUUUAUUUUUUUUUUAGUAGUAGCAGCUUUUAAUCACAGUGGAGAUGUUUUCCACUUAAGAGGAAAAAGCAGUAGCUCUAUUUACACUUCAAUUUUGUACGAAUUCAUGAAAAAUGGAAUUACAGUUAAGAAAUCAUCAUCAACACCUAAUAUUCCUGUAAUCAGAAAAAACCAAACCGACACAACAAAAGCAGAAAAAUCAAGAAAAGAUCAUAUAUUGCUUUAAUUUGUCUUUCAGGUGUUAAAACUCUCCCUCGAGUUACUCUCAAACUAAUCAAUGGCAAAACCCAACACUGCUUUGCCGGAGAUAGUAGUCCUAGGCCAGCCAACCCUUUUCAAUAUCUACGGUGAACAGUUAUCCCACAAUUUCCGAUUCCUUAAACCAUGGGAAUCUUCACUUCCAUUGGAACAAUUCAUUUCCACACAUGCUCAAUCCGUACAAGCCAUCAUUUCUUCUCCUAAAGGUUUCGUCGGCAAGCUUUCUUCCUCCUUGUUCUGCCUCCUACCUUCGCUCCGCGUUAUCGUCACAACAAGCACUGGCGUUAACCAUAUUGAUCUCGUCGAGUGUCGCCGCCGUGGAAUCUCAGUUGCUAACGCUGCUUCCGUUUUCUCAGAGGAUGUAGCUGAUUUUGCUGUUGGAUUGUUGAUUGAUGUUCUUAGAAAGAUAUCUGCUGCUGAUCGGUUUGUUAAGAAUGGUCUUUGGCCUCUUCAUGGGGAUUUCCCUCUCUGUUCCAAGGUGGGAGGCAGGAAAGUAGGAAUUGUUGGGCUGGGAAGCAUCGGUCUAAAAGUUGCAAAAAGACUUGAAGCAUUUGGAUGCAUUAUAUCAUACCAGUCGAGGAAGAAAAAGCCUGUUUCCUACCCUUUCUAUCCUGACGUUCAUGAACUAUCGACUAAAUGCGAUGUCCUUGUCAUUUGUUGUGCAUUGACAGAGGAAACUCGCCACUUGAUCAAUAAGGAGGUUUUAUUGGCACUUGGGAAAGGAGGAGUUAUCAUUAAUAUUGCACGAGGAUCCGUAAUCAAUGAGAUGGAGUUGGUAAAAUGCUUGGUGCAGGGAGAGAUUGCUGGUGCUGGCUUGGAUGUUUUCGAGAAUGAACCUAAUGUUCCUGAGGAGCUUCUUUCAUUGGAUAACGUUGUAUUGACACGGCAUGUUGCUUGUUGUACAGAGGAUUCUUUUCGAGAUUUAUAUGAACUCGUAUCAGGGAAUCUGGAAGCUUUCUUCUUGAACAAACCUUUGCUUUCUCCAGUUUUGGAUAACUAAAAGCAAGUGGUGUAGGAUUGUCGGAAUGGAGAAAGCAUUUUCCAUUACAAAUGCAAACCGCUGUGCUAUAACCAGAGAGGAAGCAAUCUGUUUCAGCUACAGCUCUGCAGAAAGGAAGCCAUUUGUUUUAUGUCAUGAAAUGCAGUCGUGCAGAAUAUGUUCAAUUCCGUUCUGUCAAUGAAUGCAAGAUUUAAUAUGUUCAACCCUAUAUUUUUAAUGGUAGGGAUUUUCUUUUGCAUGAGUUAGUUAUAUGGUUCUUUGCAGAAGUAGCUAUCUGUUUAGUUAAACAAAAUUCGUCUGGCUAUUCUUCCUUCUGCUGUUGGGGUCAGGAGAUGCAUGAUUAUUCUAGUCAAUGUUCAGGAUUUUCAUGACUGCCAUCAUCAAUGUUAAACAUGGAGAAUAUAUCUGGUAUUUGGUAUUAAACAACUGGUAUAUAUUAGAUAUCAGAAUAAUGCUGCUUCUUAAAUUGUAAUCUGCUGCUAGAUAUUCAUACACCAGAUUAUUUGAUCCUGUAUCAA